GGAGGAGGGAAAAUAAAAAAGGCUGAAAAGGGUUCAGAGAGGGAGAGAAGAGGAGAAGCAGCAAGUGCUUCAGAGAAAACAGAGAUAUAUUAUUAAAAAAAACUUCUCAAAGAAAAACUCAUUCCUAUUCUCUCUUUCUCUCUUGUACCUAGACCUUGGUUUCGUGAAAUUACUUCAGAUCUAGAGCCUUGAAAGAGGAUCAACGAGGGGUUGGAUCAAGUGGUAAGCGACUUGUUUCAGCUUAAAUAAGGUCUCGAGUUCGAGUUCGAGACCUUGUGUACGCAGCAGCCCUCGCUGGAAGAUUCACCUAUUAUUUCUAGGUGCGCGACGCGGGUCAGGUGCGGAUUAAUCGAGACGAAGCCUCGAAUACCGGACGGAAAACAAAAAAAAAAAAGAGCCUUGAAAGAGGAGAGACGUUGGGGUAGUGUUUUAUUUUUAGGAAACCAUGUAUUAAGGAAGAGGAAUUGCAGUAAAAACAUGGGAAAGAAAAAAUAGGUGGGGACUACUCUCUUCCCCAUACCACAGGCUGUACAUCUUCCUCCCUCCCUUAAUGAAGUAAUCUAAAUAAAGGGAAUGAUGCAUCUCCUCUCACAUUCGUCUCCUUUCCCUCCAAAUUCCCGAAUCCAAGAUCACCGUAAGUCUGCAGUUCAGACUCUCCAUUAUCCCUCUUUCGCUGCCGACCAGCACUGCAAAAGCAUCAUCCUCCGCCGACAACUGUGCAUCAACUACAUAGAGGGAGCCUCGUGGCCGUGCGCCAUCAAAGCGUGACUGUCCCAGAUUUGGUUUUCCUCUCCCUUGUGGGAAAAACGGAAGCCACAGAUCUGGGUUUUCCUCUCCUUUGCCCAGUUACUCCUUCGUCCCUCCUCCUCUCAAAAGGUUUCGUUCUUUCUCUCUCUCUUUUUUCGAGUGCAAUAUUAUGUCUUUUUCUGAAUUUGCUUCUGAUUCAUCUGUUUAUUCAAUGUCAUUGUCAGCAUUCCAUAUGAUUUUGAAUUUCUGGUAUACAUUAUGUUUAUGCUUCAAUUGUUACCGACUUCAAAAGGGGGAAAAUUAGAUGUAUUUUUAUAAAGACGAUGCAUUUGAUAAAGAAAUUGCUUACAUGAUU